AGAGCGCCGAAGAAGAGCGACAACACGAGGUACUACGACAUCCUCGGAGUGUCGAAGAACGCUUCGCAGGAUGACUUGAAGAAGGCUUACAAGAAAGCCGCCAUUAAGAAUCAUCCCGACAAGGGUGGCGAUCCUGAAAAGUUUAAAGAGUUGGCUCAGGCUUAUGAGGUUCUGAGUGAUCCUGAGAAACGUGAAAUCUAUGAUCAAUAUGGCGAGGAUGCGCUCAAGGAAGGAAUGGGCGGCGGUGCUGAUGGCCAUGACCCCUUUGACAUUUUCCAAUCUUUCUUUGGUGGCAAUCCUUUUGGAGGUAGUAGCAAAGGAGGACGGAGACAGAGAAGAGGUGAAGAUAUUGUUCACCCAUUGAAAGUUUCGUUGGAAGAUCUUUACCUUGGAACUACAAAGAAGCUCUCACUUUCCCGUAAUGUGAUCUGCUCCAAGUGCAAAGGGAAGGGUUCUAAAUCUGGGGAGUCAAUUCAGUGUGCUGGCUGUCAAGGAAGUGGCAUGAAGGUGACAAUGAGGCAACUUGGGCCCUCCAUGAUACAGCAAAUGCAGCAACCUUGCAAUGACUGUAAGGGCACCGGUGAGACCAUCAGCGAUAAAGACCGCUGCUCCGCGUGCAAGGGGGAGAAGGUAGUUCCGGAGAAGAAGGUUCUGGAAGUUGUUGUGGAGAAGGGGAUGCAGAAUGGACAGAGGAUCACCUUCCCUGGUGCAUCUGAUGAAGCGCCUGACACGAUCACGGGAGAUAUUGUUUUUGUCCUUCAGCAGAAGGAACAUCCAAAGUUUAAGAGAAAGGGUGACGACCUUUUUGUGGAGCACAACUUGUCCCUCACUGAAGCUCUAUGUGGAUUCCAGUUUGUGUUGACUCACUUGGAUGGCAGACAGCUGCUUAUUAAAUCAAAUCCCGGUGAAGUCGUCAAGCCCGAUUCAUUCAAGGCGAUUAAUGAUGAAGGAAUGCCAAUGUACCAGAGGCCAUUCAUGAAGGGAAAAUUGUACAUACAUUUCACUGUGGACUUCCCAGAUUAUCUGAGCCCUGAACAUGUUAAGGCUCUGGAGGUUGUCUUACCACCAAAGCCAUUGUCUCCACUGUCAGAUAUGGAGCUUGACGAGUGUGAGGAGACGACCCCGCAUAAUGUCAACAUCGAGGAGGAGAUGCGGAGGAAGCAGCAGCAGGCUCAGGCGGAGGCCUACGAGGAAGAUGAAGAUAUGCAAGGUGGCGCCCAGAGAGUGCAGUGUGCCCAACAGUGAUGUCUUGGAGAGGAGGAAAAAGAGGAAAAAAAGGAAGAAGCUGAUUGAGAAAGUAAACAAGAAAAUUGAAGUAUACUUGGAGGAGGAUAUGGUUGCGUGAUAUGUGGUCUAGUUUUAGGACCUUUUGUUUUGGGGGACUUAAAUUUAUAUCUAUGAUGAACUGUAUUUGUAAACUUUCUGAAGAAUGAAAAGAUUGCCUUUUUCA